CUCAGGCUUCUUUUCGUCACAUAAAUACCAAAAACGGAAUGAUCACCAUAAAAUUGACAAACUUGAGCCACUAGUUUUUCUUCAACAUCUUCUGAUGAGUUGAAGUGUUGGGUUUCUUGCAUUUGUGUUCCUCUCUCGUACUUCUAGUUCCUUUGGAUUCAUUGAACCAAAGGGAACUAUGGAAACUAUGAUAUCUUUCUCUGCUCCUUCAUUUCUUCACAUCCCAACACCGCAUGAACCAACAACCCCACCACUUAGGAAAUCCAUGUUCUUCAGCACUACUACUACUACUAAUACUACUACUCAAGUAACCAAUUCACCAUUACUCUCUAUAGUUCAUGGAAACAAAUCAAAAUCCAAGCUUUUCACUGCCUUGUCACCAUCUCCAUUGACAGAAUCCAGCAACACACCUGAGGCUGAGACGGAAGUUGAAUCAAAGGGAGAGAAGUUUGAUUGGUACUCUCAGUGGUAUCCAGUGAUGCCAAUAUGUGACCUUGACAAGAGGGCACCCCACGGGAAGAAAGUUUUGGGGAUUGAUGUGGUUGUGUGGUGGGAUAGGAAUGAGAGUGCAUGGAAGGUGUUUGAUGAUGCAUGCCCUCACAGAUUGGCACCUUUGUCUGAGGGAAGGAUCGAUCAAUGGGGCAGAUUGCAGUGUGUCUACCAUGGUUGGUGUUUUAAUGGCUCUGGGGACUGUAAGCUCAUUCCUCAGGCACCCCCUGAUGCUCCUCCGUUUCAUACCUUCAAAAAAGCAUGUGUAGCCGCAUACCCAAGUACCGUGCAGAGUGGUAUCUUGUGGUUUUGGCCAAAUUCUGAUCCUCAAUAUAAAGAUAUUCUUGAAAGAAAGAAACCCCCAUACAUACCAGAGAUUGAUGAUCCCUCAUACACUAGCUUGAUGGGAAACAGAGAUAUUCCUUAUGGCUAUGAGGUGCUGAUAGAGAACCUUAUGGACCCUGCACAUGUUCCGUACGCACAUUAUGGAAUAAUGCGUACGCAGAAACCAAAAGUGAAAGUUGAUAGAGAAGGAGGCAGGCCACUAGAAUUGGCAAUUGAAAAGUUAGAUGUCAACGGUUUUUUAGCAGAGCAGGGUUGGAGCAAAAGCAAAUUCAUGCCGCCAUGCGUAUUUUAUGCAUAUAGCCAUGAUCAACCAGCCCCAUCCGGUGAAAAUCAGAAGUCAUCAAAACAGAAGAAAUUUUCCUUAAUCUUUGUUUGCAUUCCGGUUAGUCCUGGUAAAAGCAGACUGAUAUGGUGCUUCCCACGAAACUUUGGACUGUGGAUGGACAAAAUUGUGCCGCGGUGGUUUUUUCAUGUUGGACAAAACCUUAUUCUAGAUUCAGAUUUAUAUCUUCUUCAUGUUGAGGAAUACAAACUUAUGGAUGUUGGUUCAGCGAACUGGGCGAAAGCCUGUUUCGUGCCAACAAAGUCAGAUGCACUUGUGGUCGGUUUUAGAAAGUGGCUAAACAAGUAUGCAGGUGGGCAAGUUGAUUGGAGAGGUAAAUACAGUGGAGUUCUUGCGCCAACGCCACCCAGGGAGCAGCUUUUUGACAGGUAUUGGUCGCAUGUGGUGAACUGCCGGAGCUGCAACCUUGCAUAUAAGAGCCUCAAUGUGGCUGAAGUGGCGCUUCAGAUCAUAUGUGUUGCUUCAAUAGGGAUUGUUGCUGCAAUGAAGCAGGGAACCAUGUCUACAUUCACAAGAAGUUCAAUGGUUGUGGUUGCAGUGCUCUCAUUCGCCUUGUCUCGUUGGCUAGCUCACUUCAUAUACAAGAAUUUCCGUUAUCAUGAUUACAACCAUGCAUUCCGCUGA